AUACUUGGGUUUACCACAUAGAUCAACUUUGUAUCUAUUAUUAUCAUUACUAUAGCCAUAUUACAGUCUAUCAUCAACAUGACUGAAUUCACAAGGUAAGUUGUUCAAUACUAACAAAUAUUGUUUAGCUUCCUUCUCAACCAGAUCCAACCAGAGACUCUAUAGAUGAAAUGAACUCAUCUGAGUUAGAUGAUAUGAAUUCUAUACUGUCACUGUCCAAACCAGAAAGUCGCCGCUUACUUGACUCGUUCCAUACUCCUGAGUCUGAAUAUGAAGAAACCAAACUUAAACAAAAACGUAUAGAGGAUUUAUCUGAAGAUUUAGAUGAUCGUUUAGGAAGUGCUUCAUCAAGUAAUUUGAAUUUACAAUCAUUUGAAUCUGCUUCUUCAAACUUUAUAAAUAAUGAAAAUGACGUCAAUAAUCAUAUACCCACAGCAUCUUCAUCUUCAUCCAACAUUCAAGCAACAACAUCAAUAGAUGGUGCAUCCCAUGAAAAUAAUGGUGACUUGGAACUGCAAAGAAGAUCAAGAAGAUUAACUACCAGACAACGUAUUUUAAAUGUGAUUCAUCAUUUAGUACCUAUCAAACAAACAUAUGAGAGAAUUAAUAAUGGAUUAACAACAGGAAGAAUGCAAUCAAAUUCUCCAGGAAGUUUCGUAGGACAAGGAACAGAUGGUGUAUUCCGUAAUUUAAUGGCAAAACCUGAUACUGAUUCGGCUACACAGGAACAAGAAACUCAUCCUCCAACUUAUGAAGAAGCUGCUGCUGAUGCAACUCCCGAAUAUUGGGAAUCAACUGUUAUAUCCCCAAUGUAUGAAGAUGAGGUAUUUGUUGAAGGUUUACCAGUUGGUAAUAUAGCGAACUUUGCAUGGAAUGCUCUUGUGACUGUUGCUUUCCAAUUUGUAGGGUUCGUAUUAUGUUAUUUAUUACAUACUUCACAUGCCGCAAAACAUGGUUCGAGAGCUGGUCUUGGUAUAACCUUUGUUAUUUAUGGUUACCAAAUGACUCCUGCUAAUUUCGGUCAUUCUGAUCGUGUACCUGAUCGUUUUGAACCAGAAUCUCCAAAUCAAUAUGAUAUUGAUAAAUUCCAAAAGACUACAAGUGGAGUAAUUGAUAAUUAUAAUUCAGGUUUAUUCCAACAACAUUCUAAUGAUGCAUCUUCAUCCAUACAAUCCCCAACAAGUGCUCCUUAUAUUGCAUAUGGUACUAUAGCAUUCGGAUUAUUCAUAAUUAUAAAAGCCGUUGUUGAUUACUAUAAAGUUAAACAAAUUGAAAAAGUCAUUUUAUCACCUCCUAAUCAAGAAACUAAUGUCACAUCAACUACAUUUAAUGUUGAAAAUUAUGAUGAGCCUAAUCCCGAGCAUGAAGAUGAACCUACAAAUUAAAUUUAUAAUUUUCUAGAAAAUUUUAUUAUAUUAAUAUACACUUUUAAUGAUUCUUUUAAAUAUUCUAUGUUUGUAAUCGUUUGUAAAAACAAAGAUUAACCCAUUAUAACUAACAUUUUUUCGUAAAUUGUAAAUACUAUACCACCACUAAAGAAUAAUCUUCCUAAUCUUGGAGUAGCACCUUUCCAAAAUGUUAAUAAACCUUCUUCUUUGAAAAUUUUAACGAAACAAUUCAAAGUUGAACUAUAUAUUUUAUCAGCUCCUAAUGCUUGCAUUCUUGUUUUAACUGUAUCAAU